GCCGUCCAUGUGGCUUUUUCGAGGCACAAUUCUUUCGUUGUAUGGAGGCCUACGGCGCAAAACUUGGCCGCAAAUACUGCGAUCUAGAACACCGUGACUUUAGGGAAUGUAUCACCAGUGAAAAGCAGAAAAAGAGAGCUAAAGCGAUCGCUACGCAACGCCUAAAGUUGUACUGGGAAGGCAAAUUGGACAAAUGUUUUCUGGAGAACCAUCCACCACCAGGACAGGUCAAGCAAGAUUACUUCGAGUGGAAUACUAUCAACU